AUGGCCAGCGACAGCUUGCCUGGGACGACGAGGUUCAUCCUCAACCAGAGGCCGCGGUUCACCAGGGCCAGCAAUCCCAAAGUCCGCACCGGGUGCGCCACCUGCAGGAACCGCCGCAAGAAGUGUGAUGAAGGCAAGCCGGCUUGCGCGACAUGCCUCAAGUAUCAAGGGUACUGUCCUGGCUACCCAGCCAGCAAGACGCAACCCACCGCGAUAGCCCAGAAUAGCCGGCCCCUCCUCCCCAAGCUAGCGGCAGCGGCGGACCGGGCCGAGUGCGACGGGCUGAUGACGCGGCGCCCGAAGUACGCAUCCUUCGUCUUCUCCGACCAGCUCGAGAGGGACCACUUCGAGUACUGGCGGAGCUUCGUAGACAGCAGCGCCCUGUUCCACUGCGAGCUCCUCUCCCGCAUCGUCCCUCAGCUCUCCUGGAACGACCCGGCCGUCCGGCACGCGACGCUGGCCAUCGGUGCGGCGGUCUUCAGCAACACCACGCGGGAGCAGCGCAUCCUUGGCAAGGGCGAUGCCCACCUGGCCGCCCUGUCGCACUACGGCAAGGCGCUGCGGCUGCUGAAUUCGGUGCCAGUCUCCCCCGAGAGGUCCCUGUUCAUGUGUAUCCUGUUUAUGGCCUUCGAGUGCGUCCGGGGCCGCACGGCCGCGGCGCUGGUCCACAUCAACUACGGGGUCCGCGUCAUCGAGCACCUGCACCACCAGCGCGGCGACCCGCUCGUCUCGUUGCCGGCCACCCUCAUCGACGGUUUCCGGCACCUCAACUUCCAGCUCUGGGCCCUGAACGGCGUCCGCCUGCAGGAGACACGCGAGCGCGUGCCGUGGUGCUGCCGCGGGCGCCGGGCGCGGUACGCCGUGGAGGAGAUGCCAGCCGCCUUCGAGACGCUCGAUUGGGCCAACUGGUGGUGGAACCAGGUCCGGCACCACGUCGAGCACCGCGCUCCCCUGUACAACAACUUCCAGGUCAAGGGGUCCUCGCCGUCCGGGAAGGCGGCGGCGGUGGACCAACCGCCGCGCGGGUACGACUCGCCCGAGUCCGCGAGGCGCAUCCGGACGUUCAUGCGCUAUCUGGACGCGUGGGCCGCUGCCUUCGCCCCUCUCGCGAUGAGUGCCGAGGCCAGCAGGGCGGCGAACCUGGCCGAGUACCUCAAGGCGCUCGACCUGCGGAUCCACUACCUCUGCCUCUGGAUCGGGGUGCGCAGCGCGGGCUGGACCGACGCCGCCGAGACGGCGAGGCUGACGCCGGCUUUCCGCGACAUCGCCACCCUGAGCAGGCGGUUCCUCACGGAGCAGGCGGCCCAGCGGCAGUCGGGCCCGGGCGGCGGCGAGGUCUUCACCAUCGAGGACGGCCUGACCUGGCCCCUGGCCUCCUCGUACCGCCUGUGCGCGUCUCCCGACGUGCGCCGCGAGAUCGUCCGCCUCUUCAGGGAGUACCCGCGCCGCGACAGCCUGCUCGACACCCAUGCCUUCCUCGUCAUGAUGGAGUGGACGGACAAGGCGGCCUCCGCCGGCAUCAUCGGCGGCGAGGAGCAGAGCCCCGCCACCGAACGCGUCGUCUUCGACGGCGACGCCGUCGUGCUCCAGAAGCAGCUCUGGGACUCCGAGGCGUCCAGGUGGAGGAAGAAGAAUAUCAGGCUCAGCAUCUUGUGA